GUACCAAGUACUUUUAGUAGACUGCUCUAGCUAGCUAGCAAGCUUUCUUCCGCAGACGACGACUUGGCGACACCACAACAUUUAUUUUGAAGCAGUCAAACGAAAGAGCUCAGGCAGCAGCAAAAGACAAGAGCAAGGGCACGGCGAGUAGCGUACGCUUCCCGACAGCCACAGAACCGAAGUGAGAUCAAGAUGACGCAACCACACCGGAACGGAUCCAUUGCCAUUCUGGAAGGUUCUGUCACUGUCUGCCGCGACAUUCCCAGUGUGUUAACCGGUGAGUCUUGUGUCUUGCUGUGUUUGUCCAUUUGGAUGCCCCAACUAGACUACCUGAAGUCGCGCCUUGAUCUUACACCUCCCAUUCAUUGGAUGAUAUCGGUAUGCUAUCACACAGGCAAAGUCCAUUGGAUCGAAUGGUCCAUGUUCUGUGAUCGUCUGGAUGAAGCCUUGAAGCCGCUCAGGCCACUGGCAUGUUCCUAUCCGGAUGAUAGCAACCACAAGAAACGAAGGAGAUCCUUUGCGUUCCGACGAAAGUCAAUGAAAUCCAAAGUUCUCAAGAAUCUCCAACAAGUCUGUGACAAACAGGCCAAGCAAAUGGCGCCCAUCAUUCAGGAUUUCAUUCUAUACUGCCCCUGUGACAGCCGUGGCAAAACUGUCAAUGUCACGCACUGGCAUAUUCAGGUGGUCUUACCACCACAAGGUGCUGCAGUCGUUACCUCGUCGUCCUCCUCGUUUGAUCUUUUGGACACAGUCCCAGCCACAAUCUCGAUUCCCAUCACGCCCGCUUCCUCGCCAAUGAGCAGCCGGGAAACACUACCUCCACCACCACAGUCAUUCCCCUUGGACAGGGAUUCACGGCCACGCUGCUCCUUUUCCAGACGCCACAAUCAUUCGAACAGCUACAACAACAUUCAUAACAGCAAUAUCAACCAUGCUGGCCUACAGAGACAAGCUUCCAAUGCCUCCUCUUCCACCAUUGCAACCACCACGUCGGCGAUGCAAAACAGCCACAGGACCAAUCCGUUUCUAGACGACCCCAAUGAUACAGUAGCCAUGUCACGAGAUGCUCUCAUGGAACUGGAUCGGCGGAUGGACUGGGAGGAAUGGAAUCAAGUGCCUACCAUUCCUCCUGAUGUAUCCAUGGAUCAAAUGCCCAUUCCCAUGCCGCCACCCGCUCCUUAUGUCAAGGAAGUGUAGAUACUAUUUAGUAGCUAGCUACAGCAGCAAAUGAACGUACAUGUACAGCUAAGGUAUAAAAUCGAAUCAAACCAAGGAUGUGAUUCGCAAUGUAGGGCACUUGUCCACAGAUGGAAGUAUAUGUACGGUACGGUUUAGUGGCACAUCUACUAGCUAGCUAGAAGCCAUUUGAGGCCUGAGAUUGGUUCAUAUCAGUACAAAGGUAUCUUGGGGUUAUUGCUCAUUCCAAUAACUACAUUGUUAAUUUCCAAAGCCGCUGUACACUCUUGAGCACCAUUUAUUUUUCCGAUGACUUUCAGUCAGCCCAGUGCAAGCAAGAUGCGGGAGGAUCCUCUUGUAACAAUUUGCCUGAGCGAUUAAUUGAGCAACAGCAUUCUCCAUUUCCUCAUAUGGCAACUUCUGGCUCUGGCUCAGGUCCUAUGUUAGACUUAGCUGAGCAUCUCAUUCUUACGUGUUUUCUAGUAAUUUGUGGUUUUAUCAUGAAAAAAGGAUAAAGAUUCAACUUGAAUGUUGGGAUACCUUCUGCCAAGCUUUGCUGCAA